AUGUCGGCGUCCAUGGAUAUGCUAGAAACGCUCGUUGUUCAGAUUGAACGCUAUCCAUGGCUGUACGACAGCACUAGGAGCGACUAUAAAGAUGCCACAAAGAAAAAUAAUUCAUGGCAGGCGAUCAGCCUUGCUGUCGGCAUGUCAGUGGAGGAGUGCCAGCGGAAUUGGCGGAAUCUUCGAGACCGGUACACCCGGGAACUUCGUGCUAUGAAACAACCCAGUGGGUCGGGGCGCUCGAACCGUGAAGAGUGGCCACUCAUGAAGCCAAUGAGCUUCCUGUCUGCCUUCAUCAGGCCACGCACGGUGCUGACGAAGAAGGCACAAACUCCUGGGAUGCCGGUCCGGACUCAAGUACGGCAUGCAUUGGAAUCUCCCACAGUCCGGCCUGACAUGCAAGAGUCUGCUGUCUACGCUGGGGACAAUACCACUAGCCCUGCUGACGACUGUGACCCGCAAGUUGAGGAGUCAGCUGAGGCUGCUGCAUCAUCAUCACCAUCACCAUCACCAGUACAAGGGAGUUCUGAGAGUUCUUCAGGCUCUCCAUUUCCACCGUCACCAGCCUUUCUGGCGGUCCAUGAGGAGGAGGCGCAAGGUGAAACACCUCCGGUUGGUUUUGCAAGGCCACCGAAGAGGCGGCGGCAAGAAACGUCCAUGUCAGUGCUGCAGGACGUGCUUGUCUCGGCAACCAAGCAAAUGUCAGCAGCAGAACCAAAUACACGGCCCCAAGAGUGUGUUGACCUGACUGACGCUGACACACUUUUUCUGCUAAGCCUCCGACCAAAGUUGGUGUGCCUGAGCGCAAGAAAGAAGCACCUAGCACACUUGCGCAUUCAAGAACUCUUGUACGAUAUCACAUACAAGGAAGACUAG